AUGGCAGCAUCUUCAAGCAAUGGAUAUGAUGAUUCAUAUGAUGAUUCAUAUGAUUAUUUUCAAGAUGAUGCAUUUGAUGAUGCAAUUGAUGAUCAAUUCGAUGAGAUGUUCGAUCAGAAGUUUGAAGCCAUUGAUGAUGCAAUUUAUCCGUCACAUAUAUUCCGCCGCCGUUUUAGAAUGAACAAGGACUUGUUCCUGCGUAUUGUUGACUGCCUCUCCAAUGAAGUUCCGUACUUUCAACAAAGAAGAAAUGAUAUCGGAAGAUUGGGUUUAUCCGCUCUACAAAAGUGUACGGCAGCUAUUCGUAUAAUGGCGUACGGUACGGCAGCUGAUGCAGUUGACGAAUAUCUCCGGCUCAGGGCUAGUACAGCAUUACUAUGCUUAGAGAAUUUCACUGAGGGCAUAAUAUCCUUGUUCGGAGAUGAGUAUCUGAGAAGACCCACAUCUGAUGACUUCAACGGUUAUUGA